AUUUUUUUUAAAAAACACACAAAUUUAAAAAUUUACAAAAAAACCCCCUCAAAAUUUCCAUUAUUCCUUCCUACGCUUUGUGGAAACCAUUUUACAAGCUCUUAUCCAAAACGAAGCAAUCGAGAGAGAAAGCGAGAGAAGCUCGAGCUCGAGCUCUCUAAUGGCGAUCGUUCCCAAAGCUCUCCAGAUCUCCAACCUUUUCCCCUCCACUCUCAAUCCCAAUCCCAAUCCCAAACCCUCUACCAUUCGUCGUCGGUCCCCACCCUCCCUUCCCCCUCCUCGCGCCGCUGACGACGAUCCAUCCGAUCCCAAAGACUCCACCACUCAACCCACCACGACCACCACCUCCACUGACCCCGAUUUCGAAUCCCGCCUCUCCCAGGUCCGUCUCAAGUACCGCAGCGGCACCGGCAAGAAGGCCGAGCUACGCCGCGCCAAGAAGACCGGCGGUUCAGCCACCAAGAAGAAGGGUUCCGUGAUGCUUCCCCCCGUCCCUCUCCUCGAUCCGAUCUCCGGUGGCCUCCGCGUCGAGAUCGGCUUCACCCCCUACGGCGAGCGCCUCCACGGACGCCUCGCCGGUCUCGGCCUCGCCGCUCUUCUCCUCGUUGAGCUCGGAUCUGGCCAGGGUUUGCUCAAGUACCACUCCUCUCCGAUCAUCUUCAUCCAGGUCUACACCGUCGCUGCUGCAACCGCUCUGUUCGUCAAGUUCGAGAAGGAGAAGAUCAGCGUCUGGCCGGAGAAGCCACCGGAGUCCACCACCGCCGGCGAUUAAUCCGGCAAGUAGAUCAAUCUCAUCUCUAUUUCACUUCUCUUUUGAAAACGAAAACAAAACACUAGUGUUUUUGUUUUCCAUUUUCGCUUCAAAUCCAUCAACCAAAUCACAUUUGUUGUGCUUUUAUUAUUAAAAAUCAAAAAUGAAGUUUUUUUUUCCUAAAAAUCUUUAUUAACAUUUAAAUAAAUAAAAUAAAAGUAAAAAUAAAUUCAUAAGAAUAAGGAAGAGUUGGUGAAUGGAUGGAUCAAUUUAUUAUUUUUAAUUUAAUUUAUAAUAAUUAUUAAUUUAUUGUUUGCGCUUGUGGACAUGAUUGAAUGGAAUGUGGAUAAGGUUGGACCAUAUAAUGACUUGGUGAGUGGUGUGUAUGUUUCCAAAAAGGCCAAUUUAGAACUAAAAAAAAAAAAAAAUUGGGAAGAGAAUGAGUCAUGUAAAGAGAUCUUGUGUUUCUGGGUUUUUAUUUGUCUUUUAUGUAAAUAUAUAAUUUAAAUUUAA